AUGACACAUAACAUACCAGACAAUCGUGAUCUUUCCUGUUAUCAUGUAACUAAACAUUCAUGGCGCGGUAAAUAUAAACGAAUAUUUUCCAUUGGUACACAUGGUAUUAGUACAUAUGAACCAUCAACACUUGGUCUUACAAAUGCUUGGUCAUAUGAUCAAGUUGUAUCAUUAACAUUAUCAAAAUCUUCGAAUAUAUCUGAUAAAUCUCAACAAACAUUAUCUAAUUCAUCACCCAUAGCAGAAUUUAUAUUAACAUUCCGAACAAAAUCAAAAAAAAAUGAUACAAUGCGUUUUUCAAGUGAAUAUCGUUCGGAUAUCAUAACUGAUGCAUUACGUUUUCAAACAUUAUUUUAUCAUCAACAACAAUCAUUAAAUCAACCGAAAAUAAUUCAAGCAACAAAAAUUCAUUGGUCAUCACAACGUACACCAGUACUUUUACGUAUUCAAUCAUAUUGCAUUGAACAAAUUGAUGCAACUACAAAUCGUUAUUUAUGUUCAUAUGAAUAUAAAGAUAUUGAACAAUUAAUACCAUUAACAAGUGAAGGUGAUACAACAGUACGUGGAUUUCUUAUACAAGAUAAAUAUAAUGCACGUUUACAUGCAUUUGUUACAACAGAAACAUCAACAUUAUUUCAAAAUAUAAUUGAUUUAGCACAUACAAAUCUAGGUGUACAAAUACGUUUAUCAAAAAAAUCUUAUACACUUAAUGAUUAUAGUCAAUUACGUUUUGGUCCAACAUAUGUAUCUGAUGAACAUUUAACAUCAUUUGCAGAAUUUAUUGUUUAUAAACAUUCAUCAAGACAUGCUGAUCAUGUUCGACGAUUACUUUGUUUAACUGAAACAUGUUUAAUUGAACGUGAUCCAGCUACAUAUCAUAUAUGUACAUUAAAACCAUUAAAUGAAAUAUUUGGUCUUGUACGACAUAAAGAUUCAUUACAAGAGUUUACUAUUGAAUAUAUACGAAAUAAUCCAACAAGAUCAAAAUGUAAAUAUACAUCAACUGAACGUGAUAUUUUAUUAGCAACAUUAUUGGAUAGUGUACGUUCAGCAGGAAAUAAUGAUUGUUGUGUUAAAACAAAUUUAACUGAUAGAGGAAAACGUUUUUCACCAUUUGGACAUUUAGUUGAUGAUGAAGUUGAAAUACAACAUUUAAAAUUUCUUGUACAACCACCAUCGGGUCGACUUUCUUCUCCACAAGAUUCAAAUAAUCCAUCAACAUCCCAAGGUGGUGUUUCAUUUAAUGAAAUUCUUAAACGAUUUAAUGCAAAUGUACCUUAUAGUGGACUUAUUAAUGCUGUUUCUUCCGAAGGUCUCUUUGCUGAAAAUAGAGAAAAAUUAAUUCAUUCAGCAUUAAAUACUUUACUUGAUACUGAUACAACUAAUAAUGUUGUUGAUCUUGAAUUUAUCGAAGAUCAAUAUCUUGCUUUUCGUCGUUUAUUAGCAUCAAAAGCUGGUUUUCAAGCAUUUACACAAUUACCGAAAUUUCGUGAACGUAUUGGAACAAAAAUAGUUCGUUCAUUAAAAUUAAAUGAUGAUCAAAUAACAUAUUCAGCAUUAGAAGUGUUAAAUACCCUAUUACAACCAAUGCAUUUAGAUUAUGAUUUACGUCAAGAACAACUAAAUAAAUCAAGUAUAUUAUCAACAAAAAAAUUUCUUGAAAAUUUAUUAGAUAUAUUUUUAAAACAUGUUAAACAAAAUACGGGUUCAUUAAUUAUUUCAUCAUUUCUUGAUUUUUUAACAUAUACUUUAUGUCCACCAUUUUCAGAAACAACAGAUGGCCAACAUUUUGAUGUUCUACUUGAAUUAGUAUCAUCAAAUGGACGAAUAUUUUUUAAAUUAUUUCAACAUUCAUCAUUUACAAUUGUUAAAGGUGCUGGAUCAAUUAUGAAAGCUAUUAUUGAAGAAGGUUCAUCAGAUAUUGCUGCACAUAUGCAAGAUUUAGCAUUAAGUGAAGGUGCUUUACCUGUUCAUCUUUUACGAGCUUUAUUUACAGCAUCAAAUGAUACUCGAUUAGUACCAUUAAAAUAUCUCAGUCAACAAUUACUUGGCUUAUGGUCAACAGGACAUCCAACAACAUAUGGAUUAUUAAAAAGAAUAUUUCCACUUGGACUUAUUGCGUAUUUAGAUUCAAGUGAAGAACCAGAUAAGGAUUUUGAUAGUCAUUUAUGGGUACAAUUUAUUUAUUAUGCACUGUUUAUUAUUAUUUUUCAAUUUGGUUGGGCAUGUUCACAAAUUACACAUUUAGCAAUGAUCAAUGAUUUAACACAUAAAGAUGGUGAACGUGUUGCACUUAACUCAUACCGUUUUGCUUGGACCUUUAUAUCAAAUAUAAUUGUUUAUACAACAGCUAGUAUUUUAUUAGGUUUUUCUUCGAGUCAUAGUGAGUCAACUAUAACAUCAGCUGAUGCACCUACAUUUCGUACACUAACACUUAUCGUUAUUGGUGUUGGUCUCAUUUGUAUGAUUAUAUUUCAUGUUGUUUUAAAAGAAUCGAAACAAAUAACUGAAGAAACAGAAAAUUGUUCAGUAUUAUUAUCAACAUCUAGUAGAAGAUUAAAACGAAUGACAUGGAAAAGUUUCUUGUGUGAAAAAGAAUUUUACCAAUGCACAGUUAUUUGGAUGUGUGCAAGAGUUAUUUUUAAUAUUACACAGACAUUUCUUCCAUUGUAUACAAUUGAUACAAUCGUAACAUUAAAUCGAAUAUUUGUUGCUAUUGCUCCAUUAUGUAUUUAUCUUAGUGGUCUAUUUGCAUCUUUUCCUAUGCGUGCAAUAAACAAACGAAUAGGUAGAAAUCUAACUAAUAAUAUUGGUUAUGGUUUUACAUUAGUUAGUAUGAUUUUAUUUUGGUUUAUUUUUGAUUUAAAAAGUAAAGUACAAAUUGAAAUAGCUUUAAUAUCAGCUUGUGUUUUACUCGGUAUUGGAACGUCAACAUCGAGCAUUUGUUCUUCUGCUCUAGCAUCUGAUUUAAUUGGUUUAAAUACAGAAUGUGGAGCAUUUGUUUAUGGAAUAAUGUCAUUGACAGAUAAACUUACUAAUGGUAUAAUCAUUGUUAUUAUUCAGCAGUUUAAUCCAUGUAAACUAUCUUCAACACGUACGUGUGCAUUAUAUUAUAGAUAUAUAAUAACAUUUAUACCGACUGGUGUUUCAAUUUUAGCGAUUCUAAUGAUAUUAAGUAUAUGGAAAACAAAAAUAGGCACUAAUCGCUAUGAAAUAAUUGAAGAAAAACAAAAUGAUACGGAAAUAAAAGUUGCACAGAAGAAUGAAUACAAUGAACGAAGUCCAUUAGUAGAUUGA